AACUGAAAGUGAAACUCUCAGUGUUGAACUAAAAGCAGGUCCAAGCACAGCAAAGCAGAACACACACUGACUGCCCUCGCUCCAGGAAGGCUGACAUGACUACGCCACUCGAAGAGCCCAAGCCUGGGGACCUGAUUCAGGCUGAAGUUUUUCACACUGGCUAUGAGGACUGGGCCAUCUACGUAGAAGGUGGCUAUGUGAUCCAUCUGUACACAAAGGAGAGUCCCAGGGCUGGCUCUUCCAAAAGAUUCCGUUUUCUGAAAGAAAGGACUAUGGAACAGCAGGAGAACAUGAAGGACGUGUUUGGGGGCUGCUGCUACGUAGUAAACAACUACUUGGACCACGAGUACAGACCACAGUCAGUAGGUGACAUCAUCAAUUCUGAGAAGGAGAAGGUUGGCCAGAAGAAGGAAUACAACAUUCUCUAUAGGAACUGUGACCGUGAGCACUUUGUCAAUCAUCUUGACAGUGGGCAGGCCAGAAACAUCAGAAACCACGUGUUUUAGAGGAGCUACAAUAUUUGGGUUCCUGUUUGCUUUGCUACUCGCUCUCUAGUAGGUGACGCCCAAACCAGUAACAGCCUGAAGGACCCCAGCAUCCUGCCUUAAAGCCACCUCUAGAAGCUGCGGUGAAGGGCCUCCCACAGCUCCUCCCAUGCUGGCCCUCUCUGGUUCUGUGUCUUACUUUCCUUCUCUCCUGGCUGAAUAACGGUCUAGUUGUAACAAGACUAACAACUCAGUAAAAGCAUCUACUGAUAUCUUCAGAAAGGACUUCCACUAUGUUUUUGUAGUCUCCUGGAAAAGAAAAGAAGAAAGUAACAUUAAUUGAGCCCCUGAGCGACCUUAAUUUCUAAUUGCGUGACCUUCGGAAAAUCUCUUGACCCUCAGAGCCUCAGUCCCUUCAUCCAUAAGUGGGUAAUAAUCCACUUCCCAGUGAACUCGUGAGGAUCAAAUAGGAUUAUGUAUCAAACCUGUCUGGCAAUGUCUGGCAUGUAGCAAAUGCUCAAUGAAUUUUCUACAUUGUUUUAUUAGAUGUAACACCGACUUAAUUUUACAUCAUUAAUUUUACUCUCAGGGUACAAAAAAAAACAAAAAAAUAACUUACUUUCCAGUAUAGCCACAUCAUUGGGGCUUAAAUCCUUUUUCCAACACAUAAACCUCUCCCAAAUCCUUCCAGUUACCUUCUUCUCUUGACCUCCCUUUUUAGAAAGUGUCAUGGAUUGAAUUGUGUCCCCCAAAAAUACGUGUAUCAAUUUGGCUAGGCCAUGAUUCUCAGUAUUGCGUGACUGUCCACCAUUUUGUCAUCUGAUGUGAUUUCCCAUGUGUUGUAAAUCCCGUCGCUAUGAUGUAAUGAGAUGGAUUAGUGACAGUUACACUGAUGAGAUCUACAAGAUUGGACUGUGUCCUACACGAGAAGAGAGUGGAGGAAGGGAGCGAGCUGUCUCAUUAGGGAGCAAUUGGGAGUAUGCAGCAAGGCGUAUAUAAGUUUUUUUAUGAAAGACUGACUUGAUUUGUAAACUUGCAUUUAAAGCACAAUAAAAAAAAAAAUUAGACUGUGUCCUAAGCCAACUUCUUUCGACA